AUGACACGCUUGACUUUAACACAACCCUGUCCAAUGACAUCUCCUCACCAACCCUGCGCGCACAGGGAGCCCAUCAGGCGCGCUCCCUCUCCCUCUCCCCUCUCGGUAAUCAAUCUAUCCUCUCCCCACAACACACAAACCGAAGCAGGGAGGAAGCUGUAUUCAAAAUGGAGAGAGAGAGAAAGAGCUCCAUCGGGAGCUGGUGAAGAAUAUUUAUGUAUUCUAUACAAUUUCUGUCUCUCUCCCACCAUUCUCUUCGGGUCUCGGUCGAUAUUCCCGUCAGGGGAUCGUUUUGAGUUGAAGGCACUCAAAACCGAGAUGUAUCGACCUUUCCUGGAUAUAAGAACGUGAGUGGAGCGCGAGAAGAAACCGGGAGUGAACCGGUUUGCCCCUUGCCUACUCUUUCUCUUCCCGCGUUCCAACCAAGACAUUACAGCGCGCUAAAGGAGCCACUUGGACCAACCUUAUAAACUUAACCAAUUAUACCAAGUAGCCAUUCAAUUUGCAUAGUGGGCGACAUUGUCACUUUACAGUCCAGAUAGGCUACUCUGGUGUUUACGGUAAUAACUCUCAAUAAAGAAAUCAGUAGAUUCAAAUUGUUAAUGAUAUCAGAGGAAUUCCGGCCUCAUAAUCUCAUCGCUACGACCGGAGAAGCUCCUGCAUGGUGGUUUAGGCCUACAUCACCCGUAACGAGACUAGACAACCUAUGGUGAUUUUGAGUGACUUAGACACACAUGGAUAUGCGAAAUUCAGUUCUGCGGCUUAAGGACAGGCGGCAUAUGGUCUGUUAGCGCGGCGGAUUUAGUGCCAAAACAACACCGCCUCUCCAGAGCGCGUCCACCCUGGGAGAGAUUGGACAGAGCAAACAAAGCCUGGGGAAUGCGGUCUCUGUUUCCCUGGAUCUCCAUCUCACCCGUGGGGACUCUACGCGGAACACACAACGUAAGUCUUUGAUUUAAUUGAACGUUGACGGGGUGGACCGCCGGUGACGCGAGAGGUCAUGUUGAGACAAAUCCUGCUGAAUUCCACCAACGCACUAGACUUCGACCUAGGGAUGGCCCUCCAGACGCACGAGACCGUGUCCGUUAACGCAUCUCACGGAUCGGUGAACAUGGCGGCGCUGCCCACGGGCAGCAGGGGCGGGAUGCGGGAGGACGGGGAGCUGAACAAACCGGACCUGGCCACCUACAUGAUAAUAUGUCUGUUGCUGUUUCUGCUCGUGCUGCUCAUCGUUUUCUUCAUCAACUGUCAGCUGAGGAACUCUUUCUUCGCCUCCAUGCCCUACGAUCGGUCUCUCAGAGAGGCCCGGACCUCCUACAAGUAGAACCCGAUACCAACUCAGCUGGUAACGUCUGUAGGAUUAGGUAACGUGUGUUAUGAAUGUGUUCAUGGAGGGGUGUGUUAUAUUUACUAUGCAUAGUCCAGACGCUGUGAGUAUCCGUUACGUGUUCAUUUGGCACAAUGACAUAGAGACCUAUUACGCUCCCUGUUCCAAACUGGACUAAAUGUCAUUACGUGUAGGUCUAUAUUCAUUUUUAUUUUUAUUUCAGCUUUAUUUAACCCGGUAGGCUAGUUGAGAACAAGUUCUAUAUCAUGGUGUAUGUUUUUUUGUUUGUUUUUGAAUAUAAAACAUUUUAUAUUACAGCACUGUAAUACACUCUUAUGUAUAUCUAUUGUGUAAUUCUGAGCUUAACGUUUUAUUAUUUGUAUUGUGUAAAACUAUGAUUAAAUAUAUUAUAUUUGU